CUUAGGCUGCUGCUGCAGUUUUAUGCCGGCAGUCUUCCCACUCCGAAGGAGGAAGGCGAGAUUGUUCUGCCUUCUCUUGGAUCUGAAAUCUGUCUCACUUCCCCGCAGCAGAGAGCGCUCUGCCCCUCUGGACCUCAGCUCUGUCCUUGCAGAUUCCAGGCCAACCUCCUGCCUAGGAAGAGAAGAAAAAGACCUUACCCUACUGGGAUCCAUCUCCCUGCCCAGCUCAGUCUGCAGAGUACCAAGGCCUGGCCCAAGCAGGGAGCCUGGAGCCAGAGGGAAUGGCCCCUGGGAGCAGCAGCCCCCUAGCUCAGGGGUUGGUGACAUUCAAGGAUGUGGCUGUGGACUUCACCCAGGAGGAGUGGGGCCUCUUGGACCAUCCUCAGAAGGAGUUGUACAAGGGAGUCAUGCUGGAGAAUGCCCAGAACCUGCUCUCCCUAGGGCUUCCAGUUCCCAGAGAAGAUGUGAUGUGUUAUUUUGAGCAAAGGGAAGCACCAUGGAUGCUGGAGCAAGAAGUCCUGAGGAGCCACUGCCUAGCAGUGGCUUCCUGGGUCAGUCACUGAACCACUGAGCCUCAGUUUCUCCACCUGUAAAAUGAGGGAUUUGGACUCCAUGGCCUUUCAGCUUCCUUCCAGAGAUAUUUCUACACAUUCACUGAAGCUGCACUGAAUGAUUAACCCAUGUUGGCAACCAAAUCUUUGAGAAGCUGCCAGAUAGAAGAAGAAUAACAUGAACACGGAAGAUCAAAUUAGAAAAUAACCUUAGCAUUUCAAUUUGUGGCAUUUUGAGGUCUGUUUUUGUAAAAAAAAAAAGUUGUGGUGGUCCAUGAUGGUUUCAUGAUGACCUCUACUGUGCAUUCUUAGUGAUCAUGGUUUUCAAAUAGCCUGCCCUGAUUGCUGCAAGAAUGCAAACUCAAGUGAGAUCUUGAUCUGGGGAUUCCAGGUUUGAUGAGAUGUGAUUACAAGGUAACACAUGAAUGAGAAAAUUGCUCACGUGCAGUGAUAGACAGCCACUGCUGGUCUUUGCGUUCCUGUGACCAUUUGCACACGAAUGUCCAACCUUCCUGGAAAUUUGGAAACAGUUUGAUGUCAAGUUGAGAAACUUAAAGAACAUGUUGCCCUUAGAAGCAAUCAGAGUUUGAGGUGCUCACUGCACGAUCCCCAAAAGCAGUGCAUCUGAUCAUGAGAGUUUGGAAUCACUGCAGAAAGACCACUGUCAAGGUUGAAACAUGCACACACUGUUGUCCCAGAGGAUAAAUAUCUUUGUAACCAAAUUGGACAAUUAUUUACAGCUUAAGGUAGCACUGACAAAUCUUUAGCUCAAAUCUGUUGGACCACUGUCACAAUCCUUCCAGGGGAAGGGGUGCAAGAGGACCAAUAGUGAAAUACUCUGGCCACUUCUGUACAAAAGGAUGAUAAACUCAAUUCUUGUAUUAGACACAUUUUCAGACAUGGGCAAUACCAUGCAUUUUUUCCAUUGUCUUUUUAGAAGGAUUUUAAUUUUACUUUAGUGAGCAGAGGCUUUGAAUGAUAAACUUUUAAAAAGAAAUAAGAAAUGGUUGUCUAAAGAAAUAAUGAGUCAGAACAAAACGUCUCAGGCAAAUACCAAAAAAGUGUUGGUAUUCUUCAUGUGACCUCAAAUAAUGCAACAGAAAAAAUAAGAUUGAAAAGAAAUCACAUUAUGUUUACGGGUAGGAUAGAUCAUGAAAUAAUUUGAAUAUUUAAUAUACGUGCACCAAAUGGCAUUAUGGAUAUGAAGAAAUGAUUGAAAGUGUAGAAAAUGAAAGGGAAAUAUAAGGCAAAGAUUGAAAGUGGAGAUCAUUUGUCUAGCACUGUGAACAGAGCACACCCAUUCACAGAGUUUGGAUUCUAGUCUCAGCUGCUGGGAUUUAGGUCAAGUCACUCAGUCUUUCUGAGCUUAUGGUCUGAGUUGUGAAAGUGAUGAGAAUGAUGGCCCUAUCUGUGUCACAGGUUUGAUGUGAGGAUCCAAUGUGAUUAUGCAUUUUGUAAAUUAAAUCACCCUUGGUAUGUGAGCUAAUGGCAUUUUAAAAUAGUUGUUUCCACCCUUUUUAAGAUUUUUCUCUUUCCCAGGGGCAAAAAAAAGUAACCAAGCUUAUAUUCUGCUGAUGGAGGGAAGCAGAUAUAAAUAUGUGUAUUGUGUCUUUUUGUUUUAUUGUUGGAUUUUUUUUCAGAAGGACAGAACAGACUGGAAAUGAAGGAAACUACUGCAGUGCUAACCCUUUCUGUGGAAGAAACUCAUAAACAAAGAUUGAUGAGCUAUG